CCCCCGCGCAGAGCCUCGACGCCUUGGUGCGCGUUUGUGCGGGAAUCAGAGCCGAGGCUGGGGAGAGGCAUCUUUGCUGCAGCCUCCUGGUCCAGGACUGGGGCGAUCCAGCCAUCAGAAGAAUUUUAGAGCGCUGCAGGAAGGGAAUACAGCAACAGCGCUCGGUACUGUAUGCCUGGCGGGAGAGCAUAAUCGUCUGCCCCGCGGGGCUGUUUUAUUGCGCCAAGUAAACGCUGCCCGGGGGCCCAGCGCUCCCUGCUCCACAGAAGAGGAAAGCGGAGGGGGUAAGUGUAAGGAAAACUCCGGAGCAAAGCGUGGCCGGCGCGGCGCUUCCCUGUCUUUUUCCUCCCGGAGAGUUUAUUUCGCCUCUCAGAUGCGCUCUACCCUUCAGCCAACGAGGGUCAGGGACCUGUUCGGGAAACGUGGGCGCAGUACUGUCAUCAUGAACCUCAUACAAUUUGAGUCAGUUUGCAUUUUCCUGUUUUCCCAAGUAUUUGUAUCAUGGAGCAUCCAAGAGCUACAAGUCAGUCAAGAAAUCAUUGGAAAGAUUUCAGCUGCUGGCCAGUUAAUGAAUUGUUCUGCUCCAGUUGAUAUCUUAUUUCUGUUAGAUGGAUCCUACAGCAUUGGCAAAGGAAGUUUUGAAAGGUCAAAAUAUCUGACACUCAAGCUUUGUGAUGCAUUGGAUAUCAGUCCAGAAAAGGUUAGAGUGGGGGCAAUACAAUUCAGCAACACUCCUCACUUGGAAUUCUCACUGGAUGCCUACUUCACCAAACAUGAAAUAAAAGACCAACUCAAGAAGAUUGUGUUCAGAGGUGGGCAAACAGAAACAGGCCUUGCUCUGAAAUGCCUUCUUCAGCAAGGAUUCCGUGGAGGCAGGAAUUCGUCAGUUCCCCAAAUCCUUAUAAUCUUAACUGAUGGGAGAUCUCAGAGCAAUGUGUCACCCUUAGCCAACCAGUUAAAAGAAAAAGGGAUUGCAGUGUUCGCAAUCGGAGUCAACUUCCCAAGGUGGGAAGAAUUGUAUGCACUAGCAAGUGAGCCAGCGGAACACUACACACUGUUUGCAGAAGACCCGGAAGAUGCCUCCAACGGGCUUUAUACCACACUUACGCUAUCUGCUAUCUGCAAUGCUGCAUUUCCGGGUUGCAGGGCUGAAUCUCACCCCUGUGAACGCAAAACGCUUGAGCGAGUAAAAGAGCUGGUUGGAAACUAUUUCUGUUGGAAGGGAUCAAAAAGCAGUAACGUUGUACGCACAUCGCUCUGCCCUUUCUACAACUGGAGGAACACUUUCAUCAAAUAUCCAUCUAAAUGCUACCGAACCACAUGCUCAGAUCCUUGUGAUUCCCACCCUUGCCAGAAUGGAGGCACUUGUAUUCAACAGGGAUUAGAAGGCUACCACUGUGUCUGCCCAGUGGGAUUUGGAGGAGAUCCCAACUGUGCACCAAAGAUAAAUUUGGAAUGCAGUGUGGAUCUUCUUUUUUUGGUGGAUGGUUCAUCUAGCACCACCCUUGAGGGAUUCUUGCGCUAUAAAACUUUCCUGAAAAGGUUUCUCCAUGCAGUGUGGAGUACAGAAACUCAAGGAAAUGUGGGCAUGGCCCAUUAUAGCAAUGAUGUCAAGAUGAUUGCUGAAAUUGGGGAUUACAGUGAUGUGCUCAGUCUAGUGAAGAUAAUUGAUUCCAUGGAGUUCAAUGGAGGGAACACCUUGACUGGCAAAGCUUUACGAUUUAUUACACAACAUGGCUUUAAGAGUGUACCAAUCUUUGCUGAUGUCCCUGAUGAUCUUCCACAUGUGGUCAUAUUGCUCACAGAUUCAAAAGCUGAGGAUUCAGUGGUAGAAGCAGCUAAAUUCAGUAGGAGUCAAGGUAUUUCCCUCAUUGGAAUUGGCAAUGAGUUUUUAAGAGGAGAACUGGGUGAGAUUACAGGGAAUCCAAAGAGGACAAUUAUUUACUCAACCCCUCAAGAUCUAUUCAAUAAAAUUACUGAAUUACAGAGAAAGAUCUGCAGCAUAGAUAGCCAAGGCUGUCCAUCUCAGUCUCUGGACUUGGUGUUUGCACUGGAUUCCUCAGCCUCAAUUGGAAGGAUUAACUUUGCCCAGAUGAAAAACUUUGUCAGCAGUCUCUCUUCCCAGUUUGACAUCAAUAGGGAUGUGACACAAGUCAGCCUUGUUGUCUUUGGUAAAAGGCCUCAAACAGUAUUUGGACUGGAUGCACAUAUUACUAGUUCAGCUCUCCAGGAAGUCAUCAAACAAGCUCCCUUUGUGGGUGGCUCUGCCUCAGUUGGAAGUGCCUUGCUUCAUAUUCAUGAUGAUGUUAUGGUUAUCCAAAAAGGAGCAAGGCCUGGUGUGAAAAAAAUUGUAGUAGUCCUCACAAGCAAAGCUGGAGUGGAGGAUGCUGUAGUCCCUGCUCAGCAGCUACGCAAUAAUGAUAUAUCACUUCUUAUCAUUGUGACUGAAUAUGUACAAAUGGGCUUAUUGUUGAGGAUUGCAGGUUCUUAUAAUAAUCUAGUGAGGAUUUCUUCUUAUGAAGAUCUCAGACAUAAUGAAGACUUUAUCGUUGAAAAACUGUGUGAAGAAGCCAAAAUGUCAGUAAAUAUCUGCAAACCUAACCCCUGCAUGAAUUAUGGAACUUGUAUUCCUGAAAAUGGCAACUAUUGGUGUCAAUGCCAAGGCUGGGAAGGACCUCAUUGUGAAAACAGAAUGCAGAGGAGUGACACUUCACAAUCAUGACAACAUCCUGCAAUGAUGCAUGCUCAGCUAAAUUGAGAUGGUUGGUGACUGCUAUACAGAACUCACCAGCAUUUAAAAAAAAAAGACACAUGGACUAGAUGCACUAAAAUGGACAAAAGAACUUCUACCUUUAGUUACUGAAAUCAUGCCUACAAGGGAACUGAAAUAUACAUUUGCAAGUAAUACUCUGUUUCUAAGCACAAAAGUUUUGCACAAAAUCUGUUGGUUAUAAUCCAAAAUAAGGUGACUAAUAUCUAGUAUAUUUUUAUGUUGCAUAUUUAUGUUUGAUACACUAACAUUUUUUCAACAGGAGCAGCAUUUCUUCUAUAUAAUGAUUGCCAUAAAUCCAAAAAUUUGCAGGUAGUAAACUUGGCAAGCUCUGACAUGGCUUACUAAAGCUAUACUUAUGUUGCUAGGGUAUGACCCAGUAUCCUACAAGGGGUGAGAAGUUUAGCACUCAGUGCUUAUCCAGAUUUGAUCACGGAAG